UUGCUCAUGUUUCUCUUGCGGGGAUUCGGUACCUAUCUCUCGUGAAACGGUUUCGAAGAAAGAAAAAGAGAAGCUCUUCGGCGCUGUAGCUUGAGAGAAAACGCCGCCGGCAGUUGAAGAAAAUGCGACCAGAAAGCUGAGGAUUCCUCGAUGGUCUGGUUUUCUAUAUGAGACAUCAUGAUCGCCAAACAAGCAUCUAGACAGCCGCUGAAAGAAAAGUUUGUUCAGAUCUACGAAGGAUUUUUCAAGGGCGUCGAUCCGUCAGUGAAUAAUCAAAACUUUUGGGACGAACUGUUCUUGUUAAAGGUCAAUGUCAACUUUAUACAGCAACAGUUUGACAGCCUGCCAGGGGAAGAUCUCGUGAGACUGAAGGAUACAAUAAACAGCCUGUUUUAUCACUGUGUACAAGCCUUGCGAAGUGACCAUCGUAUACGAGUAGUGAAUGCCUUGCAGACACUGUGCGCUCUCAUUCAAGGCGUGUACAGAAAGUCUCAUGGGGACUAUGGCUUUGAUAUCAUCAAUCUCCUCAUUGGAUUUGACAUGGCUGAAACAACAAUGCAGGAGCUGAUCGAGUUGAUUCGUGGUUUUCUGGAAGGGGAUUACAGUCACAGCCUUAAAUCUUUGGUUCUCCGAUUUCUGCUUGUGCUUGUAACCGCUACUGAAAAUGUUAGCAAUAACACGCUUCUGGAGUACGUAAUGAUGAACUGUGUUUUUGAAGCCAUUCUACAGCUGCUCGCAGACAAACACUCUCGAGCACAUUGCGGCUACGAUGCUGUUUUAGUAUUGACAAUCUUUGUGAGCUACAGAAAAUAUGAGGCAGCCAACCCGUACAUUGUAAAGCUGUCUAUUGUGGACAAUGAACUGGCAUUGAAUGGAUAUGGAAUGGUUGUAUCUACAGCUCUCGCCGAAUUUAAUAGGCAGUUUGUGCAAGAACAAGCUGAACCUCAAGCUGGUCUUUUGUCUACAGUGACCAACUUUGUUGGCACCAUGUUUCUUGCUGAUGAAGCAACUCCCAUGAAGGACUCAGGAAGAAGUGAUGAUGCUGUUCUGCUUGCCCUGUAUGAGGCUGUUCACUUAAACAGAAACUUCAUUACGAUCCUGACAAAUUCUCAGACAGAGUCCUGUGCAACUGCAACUGCCCCAACCAGUGGCGCUGCAUCUCCGACUGAACACUCUCCGCAUGACCUAGUCCCUGUUGAUGUGAAUACCAUGGAUCAGCCGCCGUCCAACCUGCUUGUCACAUUCCUGGAGUUUUGUUCUAUUGUAAUGCAGAAAACAAAAGUUGAAGCCAACGCAAACACCACCAAGCUUGGUUUCAUCAUUCUUACCUGCAUCACUGAAGAUCAAUAUGCAAAUUCCAUGAUGCAUGAUGUCAACAUGGUCUUCAAAGUUCAGCUGCAUAGAAUGCCCAUGCGUCAUCGUAAAGUGACACCUCUGCGAGAUGUUCAUUCUCGGCCUCUUGCUUGUGCGCUCUUGGACCUCAUGGUGGAGUUUAUUUUCAGCCAUAUGAAAAAGAACCUUUUGAUUGACCUCUACCAACGUUGCUUGGGUGUAAUUCACCGGCUACUUUGCUACCAGAAGAAGUGCCGAGUGCGACUUCAGUACAGCUGGAAAGAGUUGUGGACAUCACUGAUCAGCCUGCUCAAGUUCCUGCUGAGCCGAGAGUCAGACUUUGUCAAGAAACAUGACAUCUUUCAGUUGGCUAGUCAAGUGGUGAACAUCUUCAACCUUUUCAUUACGUAUGGAGACACCUUCCUGCCCUCACCUGGGAGCUAUGACGAACUCUAUUAUGAGGUCAUUCGUAUGCACCAAGUCUUUGACAGCAUGUACUCAAUGGCACUACGUUAUACAACUGGAGACAGCCAGUGGAAGGAUUCUGCAGCCAAACUUUCCAAUCACUUGGUAAAUGUCAGGGCAAUCGUGAACCACUUCACUCCAAAGAUUGAUUCUUGGUCUGCAGCUAACCACAUGUCAGCAUUGACAGAAAAACAGGUGUUAGAUGUCGUGAGGAGCAACUAUGAUACAUUGACACUAAAGCUUCAUGACAAUCUGGAUCAGUACGAGAAGUACUCUGAAAAACCAAAAGAGUCUCCAUUCUUCACCCUCAUGAUUCGAAAUGUGGUCUCGGACUUCAGGCAGAAGCUUACACGGUCAGGUUUGGGCCAGGAAAAUGUCUUGAAGGAGUUCUCUACCAUAGCCUAGAAUAAAUUUUUCAAUUAUUUAGGGUUGAUCUCCAGCUUCCGGAUCACGUUUGCAUUUAUGCUCAGAUGGAAAAGAGGCAAGGUUGAAUUUGGAAGAAUCUGUGAGGCUAACAUGGGAAAUUGAACUCAACCAAAAACUUACUCUGGUAUGUGUGUGGUAACCUGUGGUGUAACAUAGGUGUUUAAGUUCUCAUUUGUUGACUCAUGCAAGUGGUCUUUUCUCCACCUGUAGCUCAGCAGCUCACGCACCUCAACUUUCAUAUAAUUGUACAGAUAUGGGAGCUGGACAACGUCAUAUGCUGCUUGUUUGCUAUUUUCAUAUGCUGCAUCUUUAGAUGCAGCGUAUAAAAGCAUAUUAGAUGCAGUGUUUUCAUAUGCUGCAUCUAGUCAUUUUCGGUGUGUUCUUCAUGAGUGCAUUGAAGUGGAUGAACAUACUUUGUGAACCUUUGGAUGUUGCCUUAGUACUUCUGCAAAAGUGAAAAACAUUAUAGUGGAAUUAUGGAAAAUAAAAAGGGGGGGGAAUGUUUUUAUUAUUAGGCCAUUUCUAGAUAUUACGAAAAAAUAAUGCACUAGUACCCUACAGGUUCCUGCAAGUUUAGUGUUACAACUGUGCCCACUCGAGUUCAGAUAGUUUGAUUAAACUUAGCUGUGUUGCUGAUCUUCUACCUAAUUCACAGUUUGGAAAUAAGUUUUGCCGCCGAAAAUAUUGCCCACAUUCAAAAGAAAAAGAAAACAUACCCGAAGUCGCUGAGGGCCAUCUUGGUGAAUUUUUUUAUUUAAUUACUAUGACAUUUAUUACAUAUAUACACAAAUGCUUAAAAGAUAGGCAUCUCAAGUGUUUCUCAUUUUAUUUUUACAGAAGUAGGCUUUGCCUAAAAUUUUGUCAGAUGUUAUAAGGUUAUAUUAGUAUAUUGUGCGAUUUCGACACGUAAGUUUAAUAUGGAUGGUUCAGUUCUUGAGUUGUAAUUUUUUUUAAAUUAUACUUUACAAAUUUUUUUAUCUUAUGCAAAAUCCUUGUCUCAAAGUUUUACUUUAAGUGAGCUUCGCAACGAUUGCUUCUAACUGAAGAUUUUUUUUUUUUUCAAGUGAAAAAGUAAUUUUUUCAUAUUGGGCAAGUUUCAAAUCAAGAUUUUUGCCUUAUUUUGUCUAGUUGCUGCAAAUGUAGCAGUUUUAGCUUAUUUAUUGUGUGCAGAUACCUGGUAGCAGAUCAUCCCAGAAUAUUUGGUGUGUCGCACACACUGAGAGAAAAAGCAUUAUAAACCCAUUAUAAACAUAAAAGGGUCAUUUAAAAGCAUACUCGGCUGUGCCGUUUAAAUUUUACCCACACCAAGAUGUUUCAAGUACAGAGAGGACUUUUGUGUUGUGUUUUAAUUCUUUGUGCUAGUAUUGGAUUAUCUCUAUUGGUAAUCACUGAAAGCUUUUUCAGUACUCCUAGUUAGUGAUUUAUUUGAAUUUUCUUCUCUCUGUGUAUAUUUUUUAAUAAUAAUAGUUUUAAUGUCACCAUAAACUGCGCUGUAGUUAUCUUUUUCGUUCAGUACAGGUUUACACUUUGGUUUCAAUUAUGUAAUAUUACCAGCUUGCCUAGCAUACCAAUUCUGUUGUAGCUUUAACUCGAGCAUAUUAGCCACAUUUAAUACUUUUCUUUUGUUCGGUGUUGUUUUUAUAAGAUUAAAUGAUGAAGGAUGAAGAUUUUGCCUUUUUUUGUUUUAUUAAUAUUUAUGUGAACUGGUUGUGGAAAGUUUUUUUGUGCGUGUGUGAUAGAUUAUAAGCAUUUAAACAUCAGGCAAUUCACUAAAAGACCACUGUUGGCCAAAUGCACCUCAUUCUUCUACAAGUAGGCGUAAUCCUUUUACAGAAAAGGAACUGUAUUAAAAGAUAUGUUGAGGUUCAAGAUCUGUAGGUUGCGAAAUCUGUGUCAAAAUCUGAAAUGAUUGCUGAGCGUGCUGGUUCAGGCUUAUAUCGAAAUUCCCUGCAUAUAGAAAUUCACAUCAUGUAAAGCACUGAGCUAUUUUGAAUUCUUGUUUCAUUUAUACGGUGUGAUGCAAGAGAUAGUGGCUUGCUCGUUUUAGUUGGUGCUGUCAAUUUGUAAGCAUUUUGAGGGCAGUAAGGCCCAGGUGAGAAACACAGGUGUGUGCAUGAUGGCUUGCAAAUUCAGUGAUUCAGCAGACUUCAUUGGGAGGUGGCUGCACAGAUGACAUGUUUGUUGCAUUAUUCAACAUUCUUGGCUUAUUUCAUUUGACCGGGUAUAGUUAACUGAGCGACACUGAGAUCUUGUAUUGCAAAGGUGUACUGAGGUUUGUCAAGUUGGCUGAAUGAUUGUCAAUCAUACUUUACCAGCUUUCCACCUCUGAUUGGCUUUUCUUGUCAUAAGAGAAAUAAAGUUUGUGUCUUUGUGGGUUUGCCUAAAGUGCAUUUUUUUGUGAAGUAUAAAGUAGCGAUUUUCAUGGUGAACAAAAAAUGAAGUUUGUUUUGUUCAGAGUGUGUACCUUCUUGUUGUAAAUGUUUUUCUUAUGACAUGCUUGUUGCUUUGUAUUUAUUGACUUUCGUUUAACAAACAGCCAGGUCUUAGUAGUGGUUUAUUGACUGUUUUAUGAGUUGUUAGUAAUUAAGUUUUUUAUCAUAUUGCUCUUUGUGUGCUUUGGCAUCACAGAGGAAGUGGUCGGAAGAUUGCCUCUGGUGCGUUUCUUUGUUUCAAGCAGUUUGGUAGUUUAGUUCGUUUAGUUCAUUAGACAUCAAAAUAUAUCCCAAAAGCAUGCAUUGUGGCUUAAAGCAAUGCAAAGUUGGGCUAAGUGGUGGGAAAAAAAGGUGGUUCUGCAGGCAGUGACAUAAGUGAAAGGAAGCAGAUAAUACGAUUCCCAUUUGUAUUAUCCUUUUCUCUUCACUUGUGUUCUUCUAUGCAUGCCUAAUUAUUUCUUUGUUGGAUGUGACUGGCUUUUCUUAAAGCAUAAACAGUGUCUAACUUUAGGUGUUUUCUUUAUGCAUAACAGUGAUAUCAGCAUUUGGUCUUUCGAAGUGCGUUUACACCAUCCUUGAGACGCUUCUACUUGUGCUGUUCAUAGAGGUUGCUGCAAAAUACUAAUCAUCAAAACAAUUUAUUGCUUAAUUUCUGCAUUAUAUACGUAUGGCAGAAGCUUAAUGUGAGACUUUUGGACACUUGAGAUACUCUGCUAGUGUAAGUGUGGAAUAUUGUUGUUUUUGUAGUGAAAAAGAGUGUUUUCAAAAACAACUUCUGUGUGCCACAUUGCCUUUGUUUACGAUAGCCUGGCUGUGCAAAUAAACACCUCUCUAUUUAUGCCUAGCAAAGUGUUAAUGCACAGAUCAUCUGAUAAUAUGCUAUUCUAGACUGGGCUAGCAUACGUUUGUGCUUUAAGAGGUGGCUGCUCACAUCAUUUACUUGGUAAAGUAAAAAGUUGUUUUGCAAACCAUGGUGGCACUUUUAUUUUUGCUGUUUUUUAAAGUUUGUACAGUGUAGCUUGUUCUGCUAGAAUUUUGGGGGCAGUAGUUCUUUCUGUGGAGGAGCUGAUAUCAAUAGAAAAAAAAGAAUAUAGAGCGAGCUGUAAUUGAUUGGGCAUAAGCAGUGUUGUCACAAUAUGUGAUCACCUCUUGCCUCACCAAUAGCCACUUUAACCAUAGAAGGGGAUGAGUUGCACUUGUUGCGUUUACUGUAGUGCAGAACAAGUGAAACUCCAAUUACGGAUGCAUUCUCUUGGCCAGAAUACAUGCAAGCACCCGUGAUCACUUAGCCAUGGGCUCCAGUUCAACUUCAUUGCCUCACAAUUUGCUUAUAUAUAAAAUGAGUGCUACAUCAGUCACUCAUCUCACCAGUCACAAUGCUAGAUGAAUGUUGUAAAAGGAAGCCGAGGUUGCUGUAAGACAUCACUGUAUAGGGAUGAAGUUUAAAUAACUUGUAUUAGUGAUGUGCUUGACAAAUGUAUGUACAGUUGGAAGUUUUGUAUAACCCUAGAGGCGUAGUAAAAGAGUUGUAUAAUUGAUGCUGCUGAAAGAGUGUAGUGUGAGGAGCUGUCCAAAUUUCUUUUUUCAUGCCACUGGGGCAUUGCUUGUUACUAGUUGUAAAAAGCAGGCUUUUGCUG